AUGUUAACAUCAAUUUCGUGGCUUUGCUGGAUAUUUCCCACUUCCGUAAUAGCACACCAGUUAGGUUCAGGGUUGCAUGGUCUUGGAGUUGGUGCUGUUGGUUUUGACUGGUCAAGUAUAUGUUCCUAUCUUGGUAGCCCUUUGGCCAGUCCAUGGUUUGCUACGGCUAAUGUUGCUUAUAUUAGCACCAUGUUUGCUGUGUCAUAUGGCAUUGGUUUUGCUUGCCUUUCUGCAACCCUUGUUCAUGUAUCACUCUUCCAUGGAAGUGAAAUAUUGCGACUAAGCAAGUCUGCUUUCCAAGAGAAUAAGACAGAUAUACACACGAAGAUCAUGAGAAAGAACUAUAAACAAGUUCCUGAAUGGUGGUUUCUCUUAAUUCUUGUGCUCAACAUCAUGGCAACUAUAUUCAUAUGUGAAUAUUUCAACAAUGAACUCCAAUUACCAUGGUGGGGUGUGAUGUUAGCUUGUGUUGUUGCCAUAUCAUUUACCCUUCCCAUUGGAGUAAUUAGAGCCACAACAAAUCAGGUACAUAUUGCACUGAAGCCACACGAAUGUGCAAUUUCUUGGCAGUUAAAUUAUAUCCAAGCACCAGCUUUGAAUAUAAUAACAGAAUACAUAAUUGGAUACGUCUACCCGGGAUAUCCCGUUGCCAACAUGUUGUUUAAAGUGUAUGGGAAUGUAAGCAUGAAGCAGGCGAUUUUCUUUUUACAAGAUUUUAAGCUUGGCCAUUACAUGAAGAUCCCUCCUAGAGAAAUGUUCAUGGCACAGGUACUUGGCACCUUAAUAUCUGCGGUUGUGCAUUUACUAACAGCAUGGUGGCUCAUAGAUACUGUUCCAAAUAUAUGCCAAAGAGAGUUGCUUCCAGCAGGUAGUCCAUGGACAUGCCCUGGUGAUCAUGUGUUCUAUGACGCGUCUGUGAUAUGGGGUUUGGUGGGGCCUCGUAGAAUUUUUGGAGACCUUGGACACUACUCGGCGAUUAACUGGUUUUUCUUGGCUGGAGCAAUAGGUCCUUUCAUAGUUUGGCUAGCACAAAAGGCCUUCCCUCAAAAACAAUGGAUUAGGCUUAUCACUGUGCCUGUGCUCUUGGGUGCAUUAUCUGAUAUGCCUCCAGCUACAGCAGUGAACUACACCAGUUGGGUCCUUGUUGGAUUUGUCUCAGGGUUUGUUGUUUACCGUUACUAUCGUGGUUGGUGGAGCCGACACAACUAUGUUUUAUCUGGGGCACUUGAUGCUGGUUUAGCCUUGAUGGGGGUUUUGCUCUACUUUUGUUUAGGGAUGCAACGUAUCAGCCUAAACUGGUGGGGCAGUGAUGCGGAUGGGUGCCCAUUAGCUUCAUGCCCAACUGCUCCAGGUGUUCAAUCAGAAGGGUGUCCUCUUUACUAA